CCCCCGCCGCCCAGCGCCCCGCCGCCACCAUGGAAGCCAUCAAGAAGAAGAUGCAGAUGCUGAAACUGGACAAGGAGAACGCCAUCGACCGCGCCGAGCAGGCGGAGGCCGACAAGAAGCAGGCGGAGGACCGCUGCAAGCAGCUGGAGGAAGAACAGCAGGGCCUGCAGAAGAAGCUGAAGGGCACGGAAGAUGAGGUGGAGAAGUACUCCGAGUCUGUCAAGGAGGCCCAGGAGAAGCUGGAGCAGGCGGAGAAGAAAGCUACAGACGCUGAGGCUGAAGUGGCUUCUCUGAACCGCCGUAUCCAGCUGGUGGAGGAGGAGUUGGACAGAGCCCAGGAGCGCCUGGCCACCGCCCUGCAGAAGCUGGAGGAGGCUGAGAAGGCGGCUGAUGAGAGCGAGAGAGGCAUGAAGGUCAUCGAAAACAGGGCCAUGAAGGAUGAGGAGAAGAUGGAGCUCCAGGAAAUGCAGCUGAAGGAGGCAAAGCACAUAGCGGAGGAGGCUGACCGCAAAUAUGAGGAGGUCGCCCGCAAGCUGGUCGUCCUUGAGGGAGAGCUGGAGCGCUCGGAGGAGAGGGCAGAAGUGGCGGAGAGUAAAUGUGGUGACCUAGAGGAAGAGCUGAAAAUUGUCACCAACAACUUGAAGUCCCUGGAGGCCCAGGCUGACAAGUAUUCCACCAAGGAGGACAAGUAUGAGGAGGAAAUCAAGCUUCUAGGGGAAAAGCUGAAGGAGGCUGAGACCCGGGCGGAGUUUGCAGAGAGGUCUGUGGCGAAGCUGGAGAAAACCAUCGACGAUCUAGAAGAGCGCUCCCGGCAGGAGGCUGAGAGAAACCGUGUUCUCACUAACGAGCUGCGGGUCAUCCUUAAUGAACUUAACAACUGAGCUGCCCAGAGUUCCCAGCCCCAGCCCAGCCUCCCUGCCCGGUUUUGGCCAGGCUGGCUCAGGGCUGGUAGCCCCUGCCCCCUCCCUGCCGGGGCUAGGAGGGGUGCAGAGCCUUGGCUUAUCCUCCUGGGGGUAACUGCCCUUCUUGGGGGGGGACACAGAAUGCCUCUGGAGCUGACAGUUUUUUCUUGGGAGAGGAAUGAGGGUUUUUGUGAUGUCUUGGGAUGCUCGUGGAUGGCUGUGUCCCGGCAUCAGCCCCGGGGAGGGAUGUGGUGGUCUGUAUUGCUGCCUUCCUCCCCUCGUCCCAGGAGUCCGCGGCCAGCCUCUUCCUCCUCACUCUGCUCACCCCAAACUGUGCAGGGAAUAUCCCCUCAGAGCGGGGCCCCUGCAGGGCGCUGGGAGGGCUGGAAUAGGAGCUGGGGACCCGGCAGUACCCACUGCCCCCUACUCGGGGCAGGGGACAGGGAAGAGCCCAGCUGGGAGUGCUGGGAGAUGGGGCUGGGUGGGCAGAGCUCUCAUCCCACCCCUGUCUCUAGAGGAAAGGAGGAUGCCAUUUGGAAGCAACCACUGGAGGAGGCUGCCUCGGCAGCGGGCUGCCUGGCAGAGCUCGUCCCUGCAGCCUCGUUAGCUCUGCUCCUUCUCUUUCUGCUGUCCUCUCUGCCCACACUCCUGGGCUGCUGUCUCACUCCUCUUCUUCACGGAGCACCGCUGGGUCAAGCAGCAGGCACUGGCUCUCCUCUUUCGCUGGCCAAGGGUUUGUGCACAUCCCCACAGCUGGAUGGUGGUGAUGCCCCAGGACAGGACAUGCUGGUGGCUGGCCAGGGAAUGGUACCCAUCAGUGGUACCUGCACGGCGGAGGGCCUGGUCGUGGGCAACGGGGCACCAUGGGAGGAUAGAAAUGCUAAAGAGUGGGGACCACCUACCCCCAGUGACCAGCCUGGCUGGCCUGGCCACCCUGGCAGGUUCCAUAGUGGCCAGGCUUGCCCCUGCUGGUGAUGGGGCUGCUUGCGUGGACUCUGCUCCAUGGGGAUGCCCUGCUCAGCUGGAGGCGACUGAAAUGUCCAUCCGUGUGCGUGUGUCUGUGCUUGGUGCGGUGUGUGUGUGUCUGGCUGCACCUGGGUACACUUGUGGCUGUGUGCGUGGCUGGGUGUCUCUUGUAU